GCUCAGCCUAGAGUCUAGGCUGGAUGCUCAGUGUCCAGAGCAGGCUUUCAUGCCGAGGCGCUAGCUGUGGCUCUGGAGGUCAGAACAGGCUUGCUAUUCGAGGUUUUGGAAGUUUGGUGAGGUUUUAGGGAAAGAUCAUGGCUUCAAGCAUGUCAGAGGAGUGCUCUGACGAGGCAUUGGAAGGAGAGGUGUCCAGUCCAUCUCAAGAAUCAUCUGAGCCCCAUACCAGCAGUGGGCAGCACAUUCCUGCUAGUUCUUCCUCAGAUCUGUCUCCUCAGGAAGAGGGGGCUCUGGGGUCAGACAGUGAAUCACAGGCAGCUGACUCUGAAUCUGCGAGUCCUGAGGUUGUAACUUAUGAUGCCCAGGGUAGGCGGGUGGUCAAGAGACACCGUCCAGGGACUCGGGAGGCAGCCAACAAGCGAGCAAACUCUGGGAACCAGCACGAUGGGUCCCCUGACUCCGGUGGAGCUGGUGAAAGGGGGAGCAGGCAGUCCGAAGAUGAAUCAGACGGUCACAGGGAAGCAAGGGCAGUUGAAGCUGAACAGCGUGCAAGGGCAGAGGCGGUCAGGGCUGCGGCCACAGCGGCUGCCAUGGCAGACUACUUUGAGGGGGGCGAGCCUUGCUCUGAUGAAGGUUCAGAUGGGGAAGAAAAUUUUGCGGAACCGAGGCCGACGAGGUGGAGACAGCGUACAGCUGCGGCUUACGACCAGUACAAGGAGCAGCGUCCAUGGCUUGCGCGAGAGAUGCUGAGAGCGCAUGCUGUCCCAGAGGGGUGUAAGAACCGCGUUCUCCAGGGGUGUCCGGCGUUUGUGCAGCUAGGCUUUUGGCCGGGCACUGUGGCAAAGCUCAGGACUGUGUACGAGAUCGGGAUGCUGGAGCACUGGGCGACGGCAAGCAAGGCAAUGCCUGGCUCCUCCCUAUCAGCCUUCGUGGGGGUGCUUGAGGAGACCGGAAGAAGGCAGGGCAGGGAUGCUCCGAUCAACCGCCACACCAUGUCGCUGGCCUUUGGGGAGUUCAAGUUCGCGCGCUUCGAGCUGAAGUAUCUCAACGCUCACCGCUCCGGUCUAGACUGCCCGGCGUGCCACAGGCAUCCGCACUCGUGCAUGUGCGACGGGAACCACAAGCUCUACCGGUGGGAUCGCGCCUACGAGGUGUUUCGCCAGUGCUACUACGGUGACCUCCUUCUCUACAGUGAUGCAGACGUGCAACAGAGUCUGGCUCACUUGGACCUAGCCAUGGGCAGCCGGCCCCGUGAUACAUGCUGCGGAACCGGGGAGUGGAAAGCGGCCAGGGACUCGAAGAGUGCCAUCCGGGGUCAAGCAGAGACCGGGUGUGUACUAUGCGGGUGUCGCCACCAGUUUGCGAUGAAGGGCGUGAACAUGCAAUACAGCGGCGAGCGCUACGGAUAUGCCUACUUCCUGGACCGCCACUUUCUGCAGCAGAAGGGGGUGAAGUUUAUCUACCAGGACAUCAUUUGCAAGUACUUCCCCUGGCGGGAGAAGGUGCGAGAGAAGAUGGGGCACGGGGACGGUGGCGGUAUUCGGCCUGCCCUGAAUCUUAUGCAUGGAAAGCUCCAUUCGUGGGAGUGCCAGGUACUCUUUGGAGGACUUUGGCAGGACGGUGCGGGCGCGGGCUCUGGCGAAGACAUGGAACUCCUCUUCUCCUACCUCUCACGACUCGGCAUCAUCACAAAGCUGAUGGGAGCAGCAAGACGAGCCGAGGCGAUCACCGAAGCAGCCUUGUACUACAACGAGGAGAAGCUCCGGCAUCUGGCACAGUCGUUGGCAAGGAGGUACGAGGAGUGUCUCAAGCGACUAGGCGAUGCGGCCGUAGCGCUGGAAACCGCUUGCCGCGACAUACUCGGUGUGCCGGCUGGUGAGGUGCCGCUAGAGCAAUUCGAGGAGUGGAAGGCGGGGGUGCAGGAAGCUGCUCGGCGGAAGCUAGACCGGACGCUCCAUCAAAGGUCAGACGGGGUUGAGUACUUCGCCCUGUACACCGAGUUGGAACUUGCACGGGGGCUGGAAGAAAUCGCGGAUUCGGAAUCAUUUUCGGAUGGUGCUUUGUGCUCGGAGAAGGUACAGUCAGUUCAGCAGCUUACAGCGGAGAUGUUGAAAGACAGAGCUUCGAAAGAGAAGAAGCUGCUCGAUCUCGGGAAGAAAGUGUUUGGGGCGGACUAUGUCGAGAGGCGAGGUAGCCCCGAGCAAGAGCGCUUUCUGCGGGAAGCCAGAGUGCAGCUAGCGGAAGAGACGAUUCAACAGCUGCAAAUUGACCUCGAAGCCCAGCUCCACUCUCUUGAACGUUACAAAUUGCGGGUUUCGAAGGAGGCUGACUCGGCCAAAAUGAGGGCUUCUCUCCGAAGAAAGGAGGGCGAGAUCAAGAAGCAGAUUGUCGCUGCGGUCGGGCGGUACAACCGGCUGCUCGACCUGCAAAUCUCGCCGAAAGAGCGGGAUCGUGCUGAUGCUGAUUCUCUUCUGGCCGGCGAGGAGCUGCCUUGGUCAUUCGAGGGGUGCGUGGACCCGAGCUUCAGAGUUGGGGUUUCGAUGCAUAGGACUGUGGAGUUCAGGAAACAGCUAGAGUUAUUAGACGCUUACAAUAGGCUACGCCGCUUGGAGGAGGAAGAGCUGUUACUGAGAGCAGAAAGGGAUAAUUACCUUACUUAUUACACGGAACUCGUAGCGUCCUUAGACAUGCAGAUUGCUGAGGCUCAGGAGAGUGUUCGUAGGGCUGGUACGACUCCUCGACCAACCUUUGAGGCCGUUGCCCAGUCGGGUAGGUACGUUGCUCCCGCCACUCUUUUGUGGUCUGAUCAGGAUGCAUCAAGUGGUUUCCUUGCCAUUCUGUCGGCGGCGCGGUUCGAGGCUCUAAAGUAUUUGAGACUGGGUCGGAUACAAUUUGGUCAGGAAACAAGCACACGGGCAGCGGGCAAUGAGUCGGACGAUGUGUACGCCGAAGUAGACCCUGAAGGGUUGCCAACAGGUUUAGGAGCUGCGCCAGAACCGGAGGCGUCUUGGUCUGAAAACGUAGUGAGCCCGCUUCGGAUCUGGCUACUAGCUAGGAACCUUGACGGUCAUUUGCCCCCCGAGGUCAUAGAGAGUUUGAAUCUUGACGAUUUGAAGUGGAUGACCAACACGGAUCUGGUACACUUAGGCAUGUCGUUAGGCGCUCGGUUAAGGUUCCUAGACGCCAUUAAAACCCUUGCUUAAACCGUU